AUGCAUUUACAAAGGAAAAAUAACCGAUUUCAGAGUGUAGGGGACGACCAUGAGCAUCUACCAGUAGGGGAUGACCUUGAGCAUCAACUUGUAGGGGAUGAGAUUGGGCAUCAACCUGUAGGGUAUGACCUUGAGCAUCUACCAGUAGGGGAUGACCUUGAGCAUCUACCAGUAGGGGAUGACCUUGAGCAUCAACUUGUAGGGGAUGAGAUUGGGCAUCAACCUGUAGGGUAUGACCUUGAGCAUCUACCAGUAGGGGAUGACCUUGAGCAUCUACCAGUAGGGGAUGACCUUGAGCAUCUACCAGUAGGGGAUGACCUUGACCAUCUACCUAUAGGGGAUGACCUUAAGUAUCUACCAUUGAUGGGUGUGGGUAUCAUCAUCGUGGGGAAGUAUGUGGACUCGGAGAUCAGCAAGAACGAGAACGUCAUGGAGCUCCUAGUACUAUACAUAGGCAUCAUCCUCCUCGUCAUAAUCGUUGAAAUUGCCGUGGUCAGCUUGUGGGUCAAGCUUUUCCGAGAGGUGGACUACGCCCUGGAGAGCCUGCUCCUGGAUCUACUGAAGGAGUACACGGGGUUCUCCGACAUCACCGUCUACACUGUGGGCUGGGACUUCAUCUUCAUACUCUUUGAUUGCUGUGGAGUGCACCCAAUAACCGCGUCCUCGAAUGAUUUUGAGACGCUUCCGUCAGCGUUUUGGUCGAACGGUGACCGCGGAAGUGACGUCAUCCCGCAUGCGUGCUGCAAGGAUGUGGCCGUUAAAAACUACCUUAACUACACAAACACAGACUGCACUGUGAACUUGCAAGACUAUCAUACAUCGGGUUGCUAUGACGCAUUUGAUCGAAUUUUCAACCAGCUAGGUUCGGCGGCUGUUUCCGUCGCAAGUCUGUUAGUUCUAGCAGAGCUUGGUGCAAUAUUCUUCAGUGUGAUUAUAAUAAUUGCGGUUUUCAAGAAGAAAAGAGCCGGUCUUGUUUGAAAGAAACCUAAAUGCAGACCUGCA